ACGGAUGUCGUGGUUGCUCCUGAUUGGCUGCUGACCAGGAAGUGAGGACGCCCCAAGUCAUCUUUGUAUUUUCUAAUUUCGUCGUUUUGUUGUCGUUGUGACUAAUUUGUCUUGAAUGGAAAAUAUCACCGCUCGCUUUCUGUUUCUGACGUACUUCCGCUUGGCUUUGAUAUAUUUUAUUGCUGAACUUAAGGCGGAGAAUCUGCCAGAUGACGGUGGCUGGCCAUCGCAGGGUCUCCACCAUGAAGGUCCAUGUAACAUUGAAGUGCUGGACGGCUCCUCGCUGUCACUGCGUCACUUCCUGGACAGAUAUGCAUACAGCACACCAGUGGUCAUCAGAGAUGUGACGGAUAACACGAAAUUCCGCUCUUUGUGCGCCAAGUCUACUUUACUGGAAGAAUACGGUGAACGCAAAGUACGGCUCAGUACCGCCAACACGUAUUCUUACAGAAAAGGUACAGCUGUCUACCCAUCAGGCACUGCAAUGGACGUGGCCUUCAGAAAGUACGUGGACGACCUGCUCAGGCCUCAGUCGCUGGACGUCCUUGGCAGCGACACGUUAUACUUUUUUGGCGACAACAACUUCACCGAGUGGCAGAGUCUGUUUGACGUCUACAAGCCGCCGCCGUUGGUGUUGCCUCGCACCAGCAGAGCGUACAGCUUCGGCAUCGCAGGUGCCGGAACCGGUGUCCCCUUCCACUGGCACGGGCCGGGCUUCUCCGAGGUCAUCCACGGGAGGAAGCGUUGGUUCCUCUACCCACCUGGCAAGGAGCCACAUUUCCACCCCAACAGCACCACCCUGUCCUGGUUAACAGACACCUACCCCCACCUGCCAGAACACGAAGCCCCACUGGAGUGCACCAUCCGACCCGGAGAGGUGCUUUACUUCCCCGACCGCUGGUGGCAUGCCACGCUGAACCUGGACACCAGCGUCUUUAUGUCCACCUUCCUGGGACAUUAA